UACAACAUAUGAAGUCUUUGAUAGCUUCUCGCAGGAUGCGAUAAAUAGUAACACAACCUGACCUUCAACUUUUCCAUAUAUACCGUUAAAGAAGAAUCCAGGUGUUAUCUGACUAUAAUCAUUUGUACUGUAACCAUGAAUCGGGGCGAAGUGAGGAAGAAAGCUUCUAUGAAACCUGGUGUUGGAGCUGCGUCCAUCAACAUGAAUGCCAGCCGUAAAAGCAGUCACAGCUUUGGUAGCAGAAGUAUUAGAACGAUCGGCGGAGGUUCAAGGAAUAAUCUGUUUAAUUCGUCAAGUCGUAAGAGCGUAGCAAUUGAUUCAAGCAGAGGUGAUAAGCCUCAAUCGAAACCUCCAGUGCAGGUGUUUGAUGACCAGGGACAAGAUGUCACUCCAAAAAGUCUACUUCAAGUUGAUCCUACUAUUAAGAGAAAUCAGAGCAACACAUUUUUCACCGGUGGAGAAUCCAUUGCGACGCCUUCUGUAGCUAGUGAAAUGACUGGUCAGUCGUUCUAUGCAGCCAGCAGUGCCAGUAUGUAUGGUGGCUUCUCUCGAUCAGUCUUUGGUUCAGUGUCUGGCCGAUCAUCUCCUGAAUCAGUCAGCGAGGAUCUGGCCGAACCAAGUUCUGGCUUCCGCGACAAAUUUACAACAUCUCUCGGAGACAUCCAGACACGCCCAACUUUUACUCGAGAGGAACUCACAGAGAAAGAUCUUGAUAAAAUGGUUCACAUCACACUCACUGAAACCGAAACAAUCUGGAUACUGGAUUUUCCAGGUACUUGUGUUGGAGAGGAUAAUGAAAUUGCAGAGAGUGUGAAGGAAAAAAACCAAAGAUAUGAUGAGCUUUUAAAGAACCGUGUUGGUAAUGACAGCUAUGUGGAGAGAGGAAUGCAAACUUUCAACAAUGGCCAGAAGAGUAAAGAAAUUCAGUCUAGUAAAGUUGAGCUUCAUGAAGUUGGCUGUGUGGCUUCAACUUGGGAUAUGUACGAUACGUAUAAUUAUGAGGAAAAUAAACAGGAAGGCGGUGAUAAAGAUGAAGGAGAUGCAGAUCAUUUUGAAAGUCUUAGUCGACCGGUCAGUGGGGAGCGAACAAGCAGCCAUGAUGAUAAUGAAAGUGUGGGUUCCGUGAGGCCGGCUAGUGAAGCAUCUGGCAGUAUAACGGGUAGUCGAGCGAGUAUGUUCACGUUUAAGAGCAGUUCUAUUGAAGAAGAAGGACCUGAGAGGGCUGAUGAUGGAGCAACGGAGAAAGAAAUGGAAGACAUGGCUGCCAUCAUGGCGGAGAGAAUACUUCAGUCUGAAAGUAUGCAAAAAGAUCUCUUUAUAAUGGAGCGAGCUAUAGCUCUGAACAUUUAUCAGCCCAGACAAGCGAGGUAUAGAGGACUGGAGAUUGUCCCAGACGUUGAUGUGGAAAAAUCGGAUGGCGAAGAAGCCAGUUCUGCUGCGGCCACGCUGGCACAAUUGGGACCGAACCUACAUAAAUUAUGGAGCUAUUCAUGUAAUCUGACCAAAGGACGUAAUGUUAGCUGCCUGGCCUGGAACAAACUUAAUCCAGAUAUCCUUGCCGUGGGAUAUGGGGAGUUCGUGUUUUCUGAGCAGAAAGGUGGCCUAGCUUGUUGCUGGUCAAUUAAAAACCCUGAGUAUCCUGAACGUAUCUUUCAUCUGGACUGCGGAGUCACUGCUGUUGAUUUUUCGGCUGCUCAUCCUAAUCUAUUAGCAGUUGGCAUGUAUGAUGGUACGAUUGCUAUCUACAAUGUGAGAAGUCGGAGUGAUACACCGGCUCUUGACAGCUUUGAGAGUCAAGGUAAACACUCGUCGCCAGUGUGGCAGGUUCGCUGGGUGGAUAGAGAUCAGGGGACUGGUGAGGAGAGGGACGAAAUUCUGAUCUCCAUCUCAGCAGAUGGCCGGGUUACCAAGUGGUCCAUUAGAAAAGGAUUUGAGUGCACAGAUUUAAUGAAAUUAAAACGAAUAAAUGUCACUAAAGAGUCGAAAGAAGGAGGAGGAAAAAAGAGCGAUGCUUUGAUAUCGAGAUUUUCAGCCGGGUUUUGCUUUGAUGUUCAUCCAAACGACUCCAACAUGUAUCUUGCUGGUACAGAGGAAGGCCACAUUCACAAAUGUUCUUGUUCUUAUAAUGAGCAAUAUCUGGAAAAUCUGUAAACGACAUCUGUUGGUCACCUUCAUCAGCUACUCUCUUCGCGUGCGUGAAUGACAAGGCCGUGGAGAUCUGGGAUUUAAGCCUUAACACGUUGGACCCGAUCAUAUCACAUGUACCUGUCCAAGAACUAAAGUUGUCUGCAGUUCGAUUUGCUGUCAAUUCGGAGAUCCAGACCAUUUUAGUGGGCGACUCGGAAGGCCAGGUUACCGUGUAUCAAUUGAGAGGUCUUGCUGCACGAGAGGACAACCAGGCGCGGAUUUUAAACAAGUUGAUCAGGCCUGUCGAUAAUUCCGCGGCAUCUCCGGAGAAAAGGAAAGCAGAUUCGGAUUAAAAAAAUACUCUGUAAAAUGAGAGUCGCUUUCAUGAGUUAUUCUUCAACUCACGUGGCUCGUAACUGUUCGUAAAAUCCAUACGUUAGAUGGGGUGAACACCCGAAACUAUUUCAUCAGAACUGUUCUAGAUUCUCUGGGUAAAACAUCAAGGGAAAGUUACGAAGAGAUUUUUCGGCCUUCAUUUGUUUUGUCGAGCAUUAUGGAAAAAAAAAAUGUUUGCGGAAAUGAUCAUUGUCGCGAAUGCCGACUUUAAAAUUUCAAAACAGUUCGAGGGAUGGCCGAUAUGCAAUUACGUUGAACUUUUUAACAUAUCUUACACAGUUGUUUGAAACCCAAGUCUACAGAUUUUAAUAGCGAAGAAGCUAUGUUAGCGUUAUAAAAAAAUAAAUAAAUAAAUAAAAAAAAAGACAAUUCUCAAGAGCAAAAAUAUGUUUGUUCUUGAAUAAAGGUCAAUAUGUUAUUUAUUUUAUUAAAAAUAUAUAUCUUACAAAAAAGCGUUCUUAAUAAAAAGAGACGAAUUGUCCUAAAUAAAGCAAGGCGUUUUCUGAAAGAUGGUAACUACUGCGUUGUUGCUUCGUAUUAUCCUUUCAAAGACGAUCGGGUAUGUUCCAGCUUCUCGCUCUAAAACCUGACUGGCGGA